ACAACCAAUGAGCUGGGUACCGGCUUUAUAGUGCUGGGCAGGAUGCAGUGUCGUGUGAUCAAGUGGCAGGCGAUCAGCGACAGGUUGUGUUUGUUGAGAAUAAAAGGCCGGUUCUACAACUACACCAUCCUCAAUGUGCACUGCCCUCACGAAGGAAGACCCGAUGUAGAGAAAGAAGAGUUCUACGCACAGCUGGAGUAACUCUACGAUAGCUGCUCGCGUAGAGACAUCAAGAUCGUCAUCGGGGACAUGAGCGCGCAGAUCGGUAGGGAAGAAAUGUACAAGCCGGUGAUCGGCCAACAUAGCCUGCACACCGUGACGAACGACAACGGCCAGAGAUGCGUCAACUUCGCAGCUUCCCGAGGACUGGCAGUCCGAAGUACCUUCUUUCCCCGUAAGGUCAUCCACAAAACCACCUGGAGAUCACCUGACCAACGUAUAGCAAAUCAAAUUGACCAUGUUCUCAUCGACGGCCGGUUCUUCUCUGACAUUACAAACGUACGUACCUAUCGCGGUGCGGAUAUUGGCUCGGACCACUACCUAGUUGCGGUAUCAUUGCGCUCAAAACUGUCGACCGUAUACCACGCGCGACAUCGCCGAACCCUGCGGCUCAACAUUAAGCAGCUCCGGAACUCCCAGGCUGCGGAGGAAUACGCGCAACAGCUUGAAGCGGUGCUACCCACAGCGGAGGGGCUGGGCGCAUUGCCUCUCGAAGACGGCUGGUGCAGCAUUCGCACAGCUAUCGUGGAGACCGCAACGGCGACACUAGGAGUGGAAGCACCGAGUGGCAGAAACGACUGGUAUGACGGGGAGUGCGAGGCAGCGGUGAAUGAGAAGAACCGGACCUGGGCGAUAUACCUGGGCAGGUCAACGAGAGAGAACAAGGCCAAUUACAAACGGGCACGGAACGACAUGACCACGAUUCUCAGACGAAAGAAGCGCCAGCAAGAGGAUCGUGAGCAUGAGGAGCUGGAGCAGCUAUACCGUGCCAGUGAAACGCGGAAAUUCUAUGAGAAGGUAAACCAGUCCCGCAGAGGCUAUGUGCCGCAAGCCGACAUGUGCAACGACGCGGAUGGGAACCUUCUCACGGAUGCCAGCGAGGUGGUCGAUAGGUGGAAGGAGUACUUCGAUGGACACCUGAAUGGCGAAACAGCAAACAGAAGCGGAGCAGGAACUGACCUAGGAGCACCAGCAGCGGAUGACCGAGUACCAGCUCCCGAUAUUCACGAAGUUCUUUGUGAGAUCGGGAAGCUGAAAAACAAUAAAGCCGCAGGCAAAGACGGACUGCCGAGCGAGCUCUUGAAACAUGGAAGAGAGGCGCUGGCUAUAGCGCUGCACUGGGUCAUUUCCAGGGAGGAGGAAAAACUGCCAGACGAGUGGAUGGAGGGAGUUAUCUAUCCUAUCUACAAGAGGGGCGACAAGCUGGAGUGCCGCAACUACCGCGGCAUCUCGCUUAUCAAUGCCGCCUACCCGAGAGUAUUUCACAGAUCCUGUUCCGUCGUCUAUCACCUUUAACCAGGAGGUUCGUGGGCCAGUACCAAGCGGGUUUCAUGGGAGCCCGUGCCACCACGGACCAGAUCUUCUCAAUCCGACAGAUCUUACAGAAAUGUCGCGAGUACAACGUGCCCACACAUCACAUCUUCAUUGACUUCACGGCGGCCUAUGAUACAGUCGAUCGAGGACAGCUAUGGCAGAUCAUGCACGACAACGGAUUUCCGGAUAAACUGACUCGAUUGAUCAGAGCUACCAUGGCGCAAGUGAUGUGCUACGUGCGUGUUUCGGGGAUACUCUCGAGUCCCUUUGAAUCGCGCAGAGGGUUGAGACAAGGUGAUGGACUUUCCUGUUUGCUGUUUAACAUCGCCCUUGAGGGUGUGAUCCGGAGGGCGGGCAUCGACACGAGGGGCACAAUUUUCACAAGGUCUGUUCAGCUUCUGGGCUUCGCGGAUGACUUCGACAUCAUAUCACGUAACUUUGCGACGGCGGAGGAAACUUACGCCCGACUGAAAGCCGAAGCUAGACGGAUCGGAUUGCGGAUAAAUGCGUCGAAAACAAAAUACAUGCGAGCGAGAGGCUCCAAGGAGAACAACAUCAGCCUCCCAACUCAAGUCUCUGUGGACGGUGAUGUGCUUGAGGUGGUCGAUGAGUUCGUGUAUUUGGGGUCACUGGUGACCGCUGACAAUAACACCAGCGAAGAGAUCCAGAGACGCAUCCAGGCAGGAAAUCGUGCCUACUUUUCACUCCGGAAGACACUUCGAUCGAAUCGAGUGCGACGACGCACGAAGUUGACGCUGUACAAAACCCUGAUAAGACCGGUAGUCCUCUACGGGAUCGAGACGACAACGCUUCUCGCGGAGGACCUUAACGCUCUUGGAGUUUUUGAACGGAAGGUGCUAUGGACUAUCUACGGUGGAGUACAGACGGACGACGGAGAAUGGCGACGGCGCAUGACCCACGAACUGCACGCGCUGCUUGGAGAGAAUCCCAUUGCACACCUGGCGAAAGUUAAUAGGUUGCGGUGGGCCGGUCAUGUCGUAAGGAUGCCGGACGGCAACCCUGUGAAAUCACUUCUCUUCAGCAACCCUGCCGGCACCAGAAAUAGAGGGGCGCAGCGUGCACGAUGGCUCGACCAGAUCGAAGGAGACUUGCGGGUGAUGAGACGCCUGGGGAACUGGCGAAACACAGCCCAAAACCGAGCAACAUGGCGACAAAUUCUUGAUACAGCACGAGCCACCACGGCUCUCGUCUGAUUGGUAAGGUAGGAGCAAAGAAUUUAUAGGAAAAUCCAACUUUAACUUGGUGAGUCAAAUCUGGCG